CGCGGGAGCAGCGGGCUCAAGUGGGCAUUGUUAACGGUCGCCCGCCCGCCGGUCAGCCUGCGUACGGCCACGUUCUGCCGGCGGCUAUGCUCGCCACCCAUCGGGUGCUUUCUCCGUGUGUGCUCGGUAUCCCCGACCGGGCGAAGGCCGGCUUCUGAGUCGUUUCUCAGUGGACUACCUCGGCGGUGUUGCGGAGGUCCUGGAGGCGGGGAAGAAGCAAGAAGACCAUGGUUCUGUCUGCUUGAUGCAGCUUCCUAAGCAGGAUGUGGUGAGCUGUCCCUGACAGUGAAGUCCUGGAGAAGGAGCCAGACAACUACUGUCUGAAAACCCUCAGCCUUCCCUGGCCUCCAGGGGGUUUCCUGCUUCCUAAGAGCAGCAAUGGAAAAGCCUACAACGAGGAAAAAGAAGAGCCAGGCCCCAAAGGAGGAGGCAGGUGCACAAAAGGCCACUGUCAAAGGAGAGAAAACGUCAAAGGGGAAAAAGCCAACCAAAAAGCCAAGAAAGCCCCGAAGACCCCGAAAAGAGCCUAUCCUGAGUCCCGAAGACGAAGCACAUAUCUUUGAUGCCUUCGAUGCCUCGUUUAAAGAUGACUUUGAGGGUGUCCCCGUGUUUGUUCCUUUUCAGAGGAAGAAGCCCUAUGAGUGCGGUGAAUGUGGACGGAUCUUUAAACACAAGACAGAUCACAUUCGCCACCAGAGAGUUCACACUGGAGAGAAGCCCUUUAAGUGUGACCAGUGUGGGAAGACCUUCAGGCACAGCUCAGAUGUCACCAAACAUCAAAGAAUUCACACCGGUGAGAAGCCCUUUAAAUGUGGGGAGUGUGGGAAGGCCUUCAACUGUGGCUCCAACCUUCUGAAACACCAGAAAACGCACACUGGAGAGAAGCCUUAUGGCUGUGAGGAGUGUGGGAAGUCCUUUGCCUACAGCUCCUGCCUCAUCCGACAUCGGAAGCGUCAUCCGAGGAAGAAGCACUGAUCAGAAUAGUCUGCAGCUAUGGAUCCUGGUCAGACACCUGACGAUGGUCCAGAGUUUAUGCAGGGUGCUCCUCUGGCUGCCUGUCUCUGUAUUGAAAGGAAAAUCUACCCAUCAGACAUGAGAGCACACCUAGGCUUUCUGCCCUUCGAGUCUAUACUUAGUGGUAGCAUGGUGCUCCCCGGAGCUUCCUGAAGCUCCAGCCAUUUUGCAGACUACUUUAUGCUACUCAGGGCCAUCUUUGGAACAGCUUUGGGUCGCUGAGAACUUUAGAGCUAAAGAGACAGCCCUGUUGGCAAGGGCCACUGCCUGCCUUUGCUGCCUCUGUCUGCACCAACCACUGUGUGCUUUUGUCUCUUCUUUUGAAGGCUUCUGGCUCUGCAUGCCCAGCCCCAUGCAGUCUUCCAGGGGCAAGGAACCCUGAGGUGGAUGACAGGCAGCACCAGCCCUGAGGACAGCACCAAGUCCUGCUCAUCUCUGUGCAGCUGACUUCAGUGAUCCUAAAGUUUCUUCUGGCUGAAACAACAGCCUUUGAGUUCAACCCCGGGGCCUAGAGCUGGGUUGCACUGCGUUCCCUUGUCCCAGCCGCAUUUUAAACAAGUAGCCUGGAUCCAUCCAAAGUCUCAGCAGACCCUUGCACCCUGGCAUAGUGGCAGAUUUCUUAGACUAGGUCUUGUAGCUCUAGGGUGCCAUCAGCAGCUUCUAUCCA